AUGACUGUUAUGAUUGUUGUUGAACUUAACAUUACCAGAGCCCAGUGUACUCCAGCUCGACCACCUCAGAGAGCUGCCCUACCUAGACAGCCAGGGAUUCCGCCCCUGGAGGGGAAACCUCAAGGUCAAGGUGAUUUUGAUUUAUCUGAUGCUCUUGAUCAUCCAGGGGAAACAAUUACAAAGAAGCCUCCACUGGCUACCAAAAGGCCAGUGUUUGAUGAUCAUCCAAAACCUCACCCACGUCCUCCUCACAAGCCGCAGCCGGGAAGCUAUGGCAAUGAUGGCGACAGGUUCAGUGACUUAGAUCUCAAUGAUGGGAAACCUCUACCCCCAAGGCCUGCAGGAGAAAAGGAGAGUAACGUCAAUCAUGGUGGAAACACUGAUUCUGGAGUAGUUGCUGGAGUUACGUCACCUGUGAUUUCUGUGCUUGUGCUGUUAGUUGUUGGAACAGUAGCUGGUUACACAGCUUACAAGAAGAAGCAACUCUGUUUUAAAGCCAAUGGUGGGACAACUGUGUAAGCUGGCAAGAGAGGAACUGCCCAGUGAUAAUGAAUAUUUUCUGCACAACACUG